CAUGGGGAUCAACUAGAUGCAAUAUAUGCAGUUUACCUGAAAAAGGUCAGGUAUGUACCUCCUCCAGGCUACGACGGUGUACCGGUUGGUAUUUUCAUGCGCAACUUACUGUAUCGUGCAAUUGAUCCGGACCGUCCGCAACUACAAUGUCCAUGUCCUGGAUCGGAUCAUCUACAAUGGGAAAGCGUCAAAGAANGGGUUAUCAAGGCUGGCACGGUCGAAAAGCUGGUGGAAUGUCUAGUUGGAGCCGAUGGAACGAUGGACUCACGCCAUUUCAAUGUAUUUUUUGCUACUUAUCGAGCAUUUGCUGAACCAACGAACGUUCUUGAUAGGUGCGCUUCUCACAUCGGCGCUUGUAAUUCAAAAGAUUUCUAUGAUCCCGAUUGUGAUUUUGCGAUGCUCACGAAUUUACUGGAUUUCGGACAACGUAGCAAGCUAUCAGAUUUACGUGCGAAGUCUAGAAAAUUGUUGGAGCGUUUCAAACACAUACAGGAGGAAGGUGGAAUGAUAGCUGCUCUCCCGUCGUUGGACCAGCUGGCAUAUGCAUUUGGAUACGACGCCUCCGAGUACUCCAAGAAUCCUCAGGAGAAGGUAAAAAUGUUCGACGUUGGUAGUGAGAACUGUGUUCAAAUCGCGGAACAGUUGACCUUUUGGGAUGCGGAGCUCUUCCGUGAGUUGAUCAUCCAUCAGUGUCAGGGCUGUGUAUGGUCCAAGAGGCACCGUUUAAGCAACGACAAGGUUUAUACCGUGAAAGCAACCAUUGAUCAGUUCAAUGCUGUAUCGCAACGGGUCAUGACUAGUAUAGUGUUACCAGACUGUCGACCAGACUUUCGAGCAAAAAUCAUCGCGAAAUGGAUUGAUAUUGCGAGGGAACUUCGAGCAUUGAAGAACUUUUCGUCGUUAAAAGCGGUACUGUCAAGUCUCCAAUCUGAACCGGUGCAUCGCUUGAAAUCUGCUUGGGCUCUCGUGCCGAGUAGAUCUAUGGCCCAGUUUCGAGACUUGUCAUCCAUCUAUGAUAUGGACGAAGAGGGUGAUGAACGAAAUGCUCGUCGUAUUCUCGAACAGGAAGGCACUGCUAAGAGCUCACCGCUAAGGCGCCCACAGUUGGUUCAGAAUUGCCGUCGAACGAAGAGCGAUGUGAAUCUUGCAGAAUGCCAAGGUACUGUACCGUACCUCGGCUCCUUUCUCACGGACUUGACGAUGAUUGACCAAGGCACUCAGGAUUUUACAGAAGAGGGAUUGAUCAACUUUGAGAAGCGACGCAAGGAGUUUGAAGUGCUGGCGAAGCUGCGGCUGUUCCAAUCGGCGGCUCGUGCCUACCACAUUCCGAUGGAUCGAGUUUUCUGCGCAUGGUUCCACUUCUUACCGUGUCUAUCAGAAAAGGAAUGCUUCAAUCGGUCGUUAGAAGUUGAGCAGCCGACGAUUGUUUCAACUCCUGACAUGAAUUCGCGGCACAAUACCAGUUUAUCCAACGGAAAUUCGGGUGUCCUACCAAAAAGCAACACAUUGGCUCGCCUGUUCAAUUCAUCUCGUUCUGGAGAGGACAGUGCAACGAAUGUGUCACAAUCACAUUCACAUUCACAUUCUCAGUCCAGUUUUACUGAUCCUGUGCUCGAUUCUUCUGUCGCGUCACCAGCCGGUGUUCGAGUUUCACAUGAAAGCUGCACCAACUAUGAGGAGUGGAUCGACGGCCGAGUAGACGGUGGACCUCCUGGCCCGGUAAGUAGUGUUGUUUACAAUGUUUACUUAUUUUUACAAGAAAGUCAAGUGAAAAAUGGAGAUCGUAUGAACGAAUUGAUAACGAGGGCGUUGGAAAAGCAUUUGUUGGACAAUUCAGAGGACGAGUAUUGCCUUGUUCAGUUGUUACCAAAUGGAGGUGAAUUCUUACUGCCUGAUAAAUGUAACCCGUAUUAUGCAAUGGCUCCUGAUCCUUCAUCGCCGAUGCUCAAUCUUCUUCUACGGUGCACCAGUAACGGAACUUGUUGUGACGGUACGUCACCGUACGUUGGACCAUCAACGAAAAAGCUGAACAAAAUGAAAAGAUCGAAUCUGCUUAGGUGGAGCAGCGGUUAUCUGUAA